CCGCGCGCCAGCCGUUCCGCCGCCGCCGCCCGUCCGCCGGCCGCGCCAUGCUGUCCCUGGACUUCCUGGACGAUGUGCGGCGGAUGAACAAGCGGCAGCUCUACUAUCAAGUCCUCAAUUUCGGGAUGAUUGUCUCCUCGGCACUGAUGAUCUGGAAGGGGCUCAUGGUAAUCACUGGAAGCGAGAGCCCGAUCGUCGUGGUGCUCAGUGGCAGCAUGGAGCCUGCGUUUCACAGAGGAGAUCUUCUCUUCCUAACAAAUCGAGUCGAAGAUCCCAUACGAGUGGGAGAAAUUGUUGUUUUUAGGAUAGAAGGAAGGGAGAUUCCUAUAGUUCACCGAGUCCUGAAGAUUCAUGAAAAGCAAAAUGGACAUAUCAAGUUUUUGACCAAAGGAGAUAAUAACGCAGUGGAUGACCGAGGCCUCUAUAAACAGGGACAGCAUUGGCUAGAGAAAAAAGAUGUCGUGGGGAGAGCGAGGGGAUUCGUCCCCUACAUCGGGAUCGUGACGAUCCUCAUGAACGACUACCCCAAGUUUAAGUACGCCGUCCUCUUCCUGCUGGGCUUGUUCGUGCUGGUCCAUCGCGAGUAGGAAGCCGCGCCCCGGGGGACGCCGUCCUGUCCUGGCCGCCGGAGCAGGUCUGGGGCUGCCGGCCUGGGGGGCGCCUCGGGCCCUGGUUCGCGGUGGUUUCUGGUUCCGCGGCUCGGCUCGGCCGUGCCCCGCGGGGACUUUCAAUCACAGGGUCUCACAGGUCGUCGCUGUCACACGUUCACGUUUUUGUACAUCCGUGAAUUUUUUAUAUUAAAAGGCUGAGCCAAAUCCCCCGGUGUUUGUAUCUCGAAGCCAAGCCGCCCCGCUAAAGUGCCUCCGAGCCCUGGGCGCCCCGCGGCCUCCGGGGCUGGCAGCCGCCCUCCCCUGC